AGAGAAAACAAUGCCUUGUGUAACGGCUUGAUAGCGUGACUUCUCAAGAUCUGACUCUUCGGCUAGUGAGGAUGGACCCAAGGAACGUGUGGUUCCUCCAUCUCCCAAGGAGCCUACAAAUUCCCUCAGGAUUGAUCGUUUCCUAAGGCCGUUCACACUGAAAGCUGUUCAGGAGCUUCUGGGUAAAACCGGAAACGUCACUAGUUUCUGGAUGGACCAAAUUAAGACCCAUUGCUAUGUAUCAUAUUCCUCUGUUGAAGAAGCUGCAGCAACAAGACAAGCCGUGUAUAACCUGCAAUGGCCACCUAAUGGAGGCCGCUUUCUGACAGCUGAAUUUGUUGGACCAGAAGAAGUGAAAGCAAAACUGGAAGCUCCUCUGCCUCCGCCUCAACAUCAGCCACAGGCUCAGGUCCCUUCACGGCCACCUCCAACAGCUCUUCCACCGCCACCACCUCUGGCCAAACCACCUCAGAUCGUAGAACGUCUUCCUCCACCUCCUCCUCUAGUCUCUGAGGAACAAGAACCUCCCAUUGUCACUCUUGAUGAUCUUUUCAAGAAGACAAAAGCAAUCCCCAGGAUAUAUUACUUGCCCUUGUCAGAGGAGCAAGUUGCAGCUAAACUUGCAGCUAAUAAUAAUAAGUGAUCUUGCUGUUUGGGGGAUUU